AUGUGUAUCAUGUUCUUCAUAUCCCACUACGACGGCCCACGAGAGCACUUCCUUUGCCAGUACCACUGCGCACAUACCGACUGUCCCGGAACCUUUGAGGCACAUCAAAAGUAUCUACUUGAAGAGAGCCGCUUGGACUGCUCAGAGUGUUUGGCCAAAGAUGGCGAUCAGGUGGAUCCAGAUAUAGUUCCGAUACAGUACUAUCCUGCCACUCCCCACUUUGAGAUUGAGUACGUGGAGGGGAAGGGUUGGGUCAAAGUCUGUGAGCAAGGUGGCGUGAAUGGUACAGGGAAGACUAAAGUGCAGGAGGAUGAGGAGGAGGAUGAUCAAGAUGACGGACGCUACGCUCAUAGCUUCGCAAGUCUCUCGGACUGCGAUAGCGUCACUUCACACUGGCGUCUGGAUCCAACCUUCGCAUCGCCUGUUCGCCCAACCGCUGCGACCACUAAGGGCAAGUCGCCCGCUCCACCCUACCAGGGGCUGUCAACAAUGGAAGAGGCGUAUGAGACGCGUUCUCCACAUGAGCCGCCACACGAGAUGACCAAGGUACGUGAGUAA